AUGGACAUUUUUGGCUUUUUCCCUCAAACUAUCCAAGGAGCUGACAUUUUGGCUCUUGGAGACAAAAACAAUUCCUAUCGCGUUUUUGUCCCGGACUUUUUUGAGGGCAAAGCCGCCGAUAUUUCUUGGUAUCCGCCAACCACUGAAAAGCAUGGAGAGGCUUUGGCCAACUUCUUCAGCAAUACUGGAAACCCUGCCAAAGCUGUUCAUCGUGUCCCUGAAAUCGUUGAGGGUAUAAAGAAGAGUAGUAAUUCCAUCGAGAAUUUGUUUGCUCUUGGGAUGUGCUGGGGAGGCAAGGUCAUAACACUUUGCAGCGGCGAGAACUCUCCCUUUAAGGCCGUCGCCCAAGCGCACCCUGCUAUGUUGGACCCGGAGGAAGCUAAAUCGGUAACGGUACCGAUGUGCGUCCUAGCGUCCAAGGAUGAAGACUCUGCAGCGGUAUCCGAUUUCGAAGCCAAUUUGAAAGUCCAAAAACACGUUCAGACUUUUGAGGACCAGAUCCAUGGAUGGAUGGCAGCACGAGCGGACCUGGAAGACCCGAAAGUGAGCGAGCGAUAUCGACAAGGCUACCAGACUGUUUUAGAAUUCUUUGGUCGCCAGCUGUACGUAUUGUAA